AUGCGCCUACUCAACACUCACACUAUUCAACUGGUGGAAUUUCCGCCGGACCGUAUCCUCAGAUAUGCAAUCCUGUCCCACACCUGGGGAGACGAUGAGGUUCUUUUCACAGAUAUGCAACAUCACACCGAACAAACAAAAUCCUCAUGGCCAAAGAUCCAAGGAGCAUGUGCGCAAGCGCGGUCCGAUGGGCUUAACUAUAUCUGGAUUGACACCUGCUGCAUCGACAAGAGCAGCAGUGCAGAGCUAACCGAAGCGAUUAAUUCCAUGUUCAGGUGGUAUGAAGAAGCUGUGGUCUGCUACGCGUAUCUUGCCGACGUCACGGCGAGACAAAGGUAUUGGAGUGCAGAAGUAAAUGAGGGUGAGUUUGAACAAAGCCGAUGGUUCACUCGUGGAUGGACCCUACAGGAGCUGUUGGCUCCCUCCGAGGUUGUUUUCUUUUCACAAGAUUGGGUCCAUUUUGGAGUGCGAAGCGACUUAGCUCACAGGUUGGUGGAUAUCACACGUAUCGAUGAGGCCGUUCUAAGCCGUGAGUUGCCGCUUUUUGAGAGGAGUAUAGCGCAACGCAUGUCAUGGGCUGCCAGGCGUCAAACUACCCGGCCAGAGGACAUGGCCUACUGCUUGAUGGGAAUAUUUUCUGUCAAUAUGCCCAUGUUAUACGGCGAGGGAGGAGAGAGAGCUUUUCUUCGCCUGCAGGAAGAGAUCAUGAAGCAAUCCGACGAUCAGACCAUCUUUGCUUGGACCGACGAAAGUGCCCCUGAUGACCUCCUUCAUGGUCUACUCGCGUCAUCCCCAGCGCACUUUGCGGACAGCCAGAACAUUAUAGCUUACCAGCAAUGGAAACCUACACCGCCAUAUGCGAUGACGAAUCGAGGGCUGCGUAUUAAUUUAUCACUUGACUUCGACACAAUGAAUUCUGAGCUUGGCUGCCUGGCAAUUCUCCAUUGCGGCUUUUCAGAGCAUACCAAUGACGACGAUGAAUAUAGAUUCUUGGCAAUAUGCCUAGAGCGGCUUUCAAGGUUUGAUAACAGGUACGCUAGACGGGAAAUUGCGGCCUUGGGUACGUUGUCAGAUGUCAGUCCUGCAGAAACAAUAUACGUGCCUCAAACAAACAUUAAAGCAGAUAUUCGAAGACCAUUGCCUCAUGUCAUCUUCAAUUUACGUCAAUUCUGGAGUCCACCCACCUUUAAUUUGAGGCGGAUCCUGACUCCCACGCUGGACAGAGAUGUAAAGCAGUUCCGUCCAAGCCCCCAGGACUGGGAGUCCCAGGAAAAUUGGAGAGUUUUCUCGAGCCUCAAACCCAUUAGAGGAUGUCGCCAGGUAUUGGCCUUCCUCAUUUUCCAAGAACCGAAAAGACCCGUGGUCGUGAUUACUCUGGGUUCAUUGCCAGAAUUGGGUCUAAGUUUUAACGUUGUUCGCUUGUCUCACAACGUGUUAGAUAUGGACUUCGACUUAGUUCGAUGUGAGGUCGACUCUCACAGCGGCUUGCUAUCAGACAUCGUACCAAUGGGGCAAGCGGUUCAAUUAGACGAUCUCACUGUGUCUGUAGCAGCAAUUGAUUGCACAGGAUCCGUGCCCAGCCAUUACUCUCUAUCUGUCUACAUAGACGAACAAAAACGGUAG